UCCAAUACGGUGUCAUUGUGACACCAAGUAGCCUUCACAUGCCCUGUCCUGAAGAGAGCGCAACAAGGUUUUCCAAGUACUUUCGCUGUCGAUGCCGGCUUGGGUCAAUGACAUCUGAAUCGUCGGUCGCCAUCAAGGAGUUCAGGGUAUACAUCAUGACGUGGAACGUAGUCUGCCGGGGCCCAAUUGAAGAUCUGCAUUCUGCGUUAGGCCUUGAUCCUCCAGUGCUCCCCGAGUCUCUACCAGACAUGUAUGCCAUAGGAUUUCAAGAAGUGAGCGCCAGGCCUCAGUGUCUGCUGAGGCAGGCCUUCUUUGAGGAACCGUGGAUACAGGCUGUUAGGGCAGUUCUGCGCAAGUACCGCUACGUAAAGGUAAAGACUCCCUUGUGUGGUCACCGGCAGGUGGUAAGACCGUCACGUGCACAGAUCAAGCACGUAAGACUCCAAGGACUAGUGUUGACCGUAUUCACGAAGCGUGAACACCUGGUACACCUAAGGGGAUGCAUGUCCACCUACACCAGGACUGGUCUUGGCGGCGUUUGGGGUAACAAGGGCAGCGUGACCGUGCGAAUGGUCAUGUACGGCUGCUCCAUGUGCUUUGUCAACUGUCAUCUCGCUGCUCACGAAACCGAACUGGCGCAGCGUAUCAAUGAAUACAAUGCUAUCAUUGAUAAGCAGACAUUCGAAGGUGCGAAAGCUAACAACAUCCUGACCCACGACUACGCCUUCUGGUUUGGGGAUCUCAAUUUCCGGCUGGAUGGCUUGUCCAUGGAUGACAUCAGAACGGCCAUUGAGAAUGGAACAGUCCAGCCUCUCUUACAGAACGAUCAGUUAUCAAAGGUUCGAAGCACGGGUAGAGCAUUCCACGAAUUCUCCGAAAAGGAUAUCACAUUUGCGCCCACCUACAAGUGCACCAUUGAUAGCACCGGAUAUGAUUUCAGCAGACGAAAGCCAGCUUGGACGGACAGGAUUCUCUACCGGUUCAGGCGAGAUACUUGCGCCUCUAUAUUCAACGUGACUCAGCAUAAAUACGACAGUCACGACCUGUACCUCCAGAGUGACCACAAACCAGUCUCUGGGUAUUUCACCGUGAAGGUUUUUUCCCAACCGGAGCACCCCCUGGUAUUCUUCUUUCCUGUGACUCCUUGGACCAUAAACCAGGACUGCUUCGCCUGGUACUACACUAGUCCGGGAACAGAAGUUCUCUCGUCAGACUGGGUGGCUCUGUAUAGGGACAACUUCACAAGUCUCGAAGACCACAUUUCAUACGUCUGGGCAUCGACACGACCCUUGGACAGCCUCCCCUCCAACAUACUUCCAUAUACUAAAAAUCUUCCCCAACGUCAAUCAACCACACACAGCACCGGGAGGUCUCGGCAUUUCAUCCGUACGGGCCACUCGGACGACGAGAAGCCCAGCCCUCCGAGUCCGGCCUCACCGUGCACGGCAACGCCGUCGACCAUUACAUCCCCGUCGUCGCCGUGUUCCACGAGAUCACCCACUCCGUCGUCACUGAUGUCACCGUCCCCGCCAGAAGAACCUUCUUCUGGGAGGAGGAAAAGUGACCACGCGUCAGUGAACUGGAUGUCCGAAGAGAGUCCUGGCAGCGGUACUCAUAACAUUCCCAGAGGACGUAGGGAGUCCUGCUUGAAGAGCAUCUCUGAAGAAGUGGCCGGCGAAACGACGGGGAACAGCUCGUCCCCUUGGAUGCAGGCCAUAUGCGGAGACGAGGCUAUGAUGGUGGAAGAAGGCAUGUCGGACGGGCACAACAGUGAGCCCAACUUUUACCGCGUUCUGUUUAGCUCGCAUGGAUUACUGUUGGUUGGCAAGUACAGGCUCCUGUACCUUCGAGGAGACACCGAUGUGCUGGGAAUGAGUAGCGCUUUUAAGGUGAAGACACCUCUAAGAUCUUAGCAGCAAUUCACUGCAAGCAAUUCAUAUUUAUAAAAUAUAUGCGAUAGUAAUUU